CUGAGGACUUAUACCAUGGCUGGCAAGGUAAGUGAAAGAGGGAAGUUAUCUCUAACCUAACUGUUCCAACUAUAUGAGACUAAAGUCAUGGAAGUAUUAUGUACUGCAUUAGCCUGGGUACCAGUGUGUUAAUGCUAAUGUUCCAGUUCCACUCCUUCCACAUAUGAUGUCAAACUCUAUAUGUGAAGUCAAACAUGAUGUCCUACUUACAUCAUGGCUGAUUUUAAAUGUCAGUUUAGUUGUUUAAAAAAAAGUUCAUCCUAAGGGAUUCACUAUCACUACACUAUCUCUGUAGAUGGCAGGGGGUGUCCUCUCUCCUUUGGAUAAUCUGUGUGGAGUGGACUGUGCCAAUGUCCAUCCCCUGUUUUGUCACCUGUGCCAUGAGCAGUACCAGCACCCAUGCCUCUUAGACUGUUACCACAUCUUCUGUGCGCGCUGCCUACAAAGCAGAGUCAAUGAAAGCCGUCUCAACUGCCCCCUCUGCGGGUAAGGAACUUAAUUUACUGAAAGAAGCAUUCUGAAUUCACAAGCUGUGCACUUAAUUUGACACUAUUGUUAUGUCCAAGACUAACUAAAUGACCCCAACCACAUUUUUAUCUUUGUGGUGACCUCUUGCUAGAAAGGAUUUGUUUGAAAAUGACAAAGAUAAUCCCAUAUAUUUAUGUCAUGGCCUUUCUGCAACAGAAGAUUACCUGCUUUCAUAGUAUUGUACUUACUAUUAGAAACAUUUGAAUUGUGUCAUAAAGGCUUCUCACUUGAAACAUUCAAAUGUCUUUAGCUGUGCAGCUCUGUACUGGUUUCAAAAUCUGCAUUAUUUUGACAAGGGUUGGUGGGCCAGGACUUCCAGAAAUCUUAUGGCUCAAGAUCUAUAGUUACGUGUUUAAACAUUGGGUUUGAGCAUAAGGCAUUGCAUCUCAGUCUUGGCUAUGAAGUAGGUGGAAUCCCCUUAAGAAUCUGUGUAACUCUCUCCAGUUCUCAGCCAACUCUGAUCUACACAUGAAUGGAAAACAUGACAGGGACUCGCCUAACCUUACAAUCAAUACUAGCCUUAGUGGAUGAAAGUCAAGCAGUCUGCUCAGGACUAUGGCUCAGAGUGAUCCCGACCAGGGCAGGAUGGUCUGAGCGGCUGGGACAGCUGCAGGGUCAGCCCUGGCUCUGAGUUAGCACCAUGCUGAACGCUCAGCGUGACGGGCAAGCUCCGUUAAGGCCACCAUGCAGUCACACUACAACAAAACCUACACAGGCAUCUUGGCAAUGGAGCCGGGAGCUCAGGGCAAUUAAAUGUGACCUCACAGUGCCCUAUCCAUUUUAUCCCCUACUGGAGAAUGAGUCAUGGCCAACAGUAUUACCUAAAGGCCCUCUGGAUUAGCUCUCACUGAUCAAAGAGCACAGGGCUAUGUGGAACAAAACUUCUCCAGGGAAUAGAUUAUACUGGAAAUAAAACUAAUCUUAGAUUGGGCCUUUUCUAUCACUAAAGAGAGUUUUCAGCAUAUGAAUUUAUCACUUAUCUCUGAUUAUCUUCAAACACGAAAACACAAGCAGAUACACAAAGAAAAGGGGUGGUAACCCUAUUUAGAUCACUGGAUCAAGUAGUGAUGAGCAACACAUUGGGGAUGAUGUCACAGCCAAACUGAUACACUGCAUCAUACAGAUACCCCACUGUGCACACACAGGUUGAAUCAAUGUUGUUUCCAUGUCAUUUCAAUAAGUUACAUUGAAACAACGUGGAGUAGAUGUUGAAUUGACGUAUGUGCCCAGUGGGACAGUAUGCAGCUGACAUGAUCAGUCAUUUCAGUCCAUUGCCUGAAUAUAUCCUGAGGUCCCCUGAUCAACUCCCCAACGUGAUGCCAAACAAACAGUAGAUUGCUUGAAAUCAUUUCUGUCCAAAUCGUUUCUCUGACAUUAGGUAAUUUUGAAACACCCUGGGUUAAGUUGGAUGUUCUGUGUAGGGGAGAAAGGGGUUGACCACAGGUCAUCAGACUGUAAAAUAAUCCUACAACUGUCUGCUAGAUUAUCCCUUCUGCAAAUUCUGAUAGUAUCAAAGCCUACAGCUAAAUCUGUCCCUGUAGAUCUCUACAGGUCCAGAGGGGUUUGAUGCCCUGCCUGCCCGAGCCCACAACUGCUAUGGUUGCUGCUUUGUUCCUCAUGUGCUCUGUGAUUACAUAUCUGAGAUGAAAACCAAACACUGGAUCACAUUCUGAUCAUGCAAGAUAGAUAUGAUAAUAAGUUAAAUAAAACAUAGUUGGUGCGAGUAUGACUGCUAUGGGGUGGUUUCCCUAUUUAGAAAUGGUUCCCAGUGGCUCUCGACCAGGCAUAGUUUAUACCAGAGUUCUCCUCAUUCCAGGUAUUGAAGAGCCUGCAGGUGUGAGUAGAUGGAUCUAUGGAGUGGACCAUUGUGUUGUAGGCUGCUAGAGCGAAGUGUGUUCCCAGGGGAGAUAACCCAGUGGGCACACUCUCUCCCUGCAGGUCCCCCUGGCCCAGUGGAAUACGGAAGUGCUGUUUGUUGCUAUUUUCAUCAGUACUACCAUCCACUCACUCAAGAACCAUGUAAUCUCUGAAUUUGCUACACUGCUAUUAGUAGCACACAAUAAACCCUGUUGCUAUGUAAACUAGAUAAACAUUGGAGAGGAGGGAGGAGAAGGGUAGGCUAGGCAUGUUUACAUCAUUGCCAUUCCACCAUGGUCUCUAGAGCAGAGGUACAGGACAUUUUAUUGACCACAUGAAUAACUAGGGCCCAGAGUUUUUAUGGCAGGCAGUUGGUAACUCUCUCUGUUCCUGUCAAAGCACCUGACAGAAUCAAGGAACAUUUCCAGCAAAACUUGCACCAGUAGAAGUGUCAUGGGUACUCCUUAUUAUUUUACAGUCAAUGUUACUCCCCAGUACAGGGUGUGUAAACACCAGGUCAAUGUUACUCCCCAGUACAGGGUGUGUAAACACCAGGUCAAUGUUACUUCCCAGGACAGGGUGUGUAAACACCAGGUCAAUGUUACUUCCCAGGACAGGGUGUGUAAACACCAGGUCAAUGUUACUUCCCAGGACAGGGUGUGUAAACACCAGGUCAAUGUUACUUCCCAGGACAGGGUGUGUAAACACCAGGUCAAUGUUACUCCCCAGUACAGGGUGUGUAAACACCAGGUCAAUGUUACUUCCCAGGACAGGGUGUGUAAACACCAGGUCAAUGUUACUUCCCAGGACAGGGUGUGUAAACACCAGGUCAAUGUUACUUCCCAGGACAGGGUGUGUAAACACCAGGUCAAUGUUACUUCCCAGGACAGGGUGUGUAAACACCAGGUCAAUGUUACUUCCCAGGACAGGGUGUGUAAACACCAGGUCAAUGUUACUUCCCAGCCCAGGACAGGGUGUGUAAACACCAGGUCAAUGUUACUUCCCAGUACAGGGUGUGUAAACACCAGGUCAAUGUUACUUCCCAGUACAGGGUGUGUAAACACCAGGUCAAUGUUAGAGGGUGCAUACUUAAACUGUAAAUGAAUUCUUGUUUGACAUGUUUAUGACAUGCCAUUCAUCUUACCUGUAGUAAAAAAAGUACUGUCAGGUACUGAAUUCAGAGUAUAUUAGCAAAGCUUCUGUGAUUAGAUAUGAUGUUGCACCAUCUGCUGGAGAGCCAUGGGAAUGCAACUCACUACUUUUUAUGAUCAGUGUAGCGAAAAAUAGAAAUCUGAAUGAAGCACUGCAUCAAACAUUUUUACUGUGCUUUUGUUGCUGGAUCCGUCUGUGUCACAGAUACCCAUCAAUUGUAAAAGGGAUGAAUGCACUCCCACCAGAGGACCGUCUGCUGAAGUUCCUGGUUGAUAACUCUACUGAUGACUGUGAAGAGACAGUCCAGUGUGCCAACUGUGACCAAGAGAGUAACAAACAGGUAUCUCACAACAGAUGCUCUCAGAAAUAACUCUAACAAACCAUGCUAUAGAUCUUAAUAGAGAUACUUUAUUAUCAUGGAUCAUAUUGUGUGUGUGUGUGUGUUAUAGGACACAGGGCCAAUGUACUACUGUAACACGUGUAGCCAGCCCCUGUGUGGAGCUUGCAGGGAUUCCACACACAAGGCCAAGAUGUUCUCCCACCAUGAGAUCGUGUUCCUGGCCAAACGCACCAAAGUGGGCCACCGGAUGUGCUGUGAGUACCACCUGUAUUAUGUUCACACUACAACAAGUGCUCAGCAGCAUCUAGCUAUAAUUACAUUGUUAUCUAAUAAUAACCUAUGGUAACACUUUACAUUAAGUUGCCCCUAUUACUACGUAACUAACACAAUAAUAACUGUUAACAACAUAGUAGUUACAUAGAUUUUACUAGGCUAACCAGGAGAAAUUAGGAGACAGGAUAACAUUAGGUAUAACCCCUUUAGUUACAUUGUACAAUCUAACAAUCUUUAAGAAAUAACUGUGUAAUUACACUUCACUUUACAUUAAGUUGCUUGCUCCUGGGUAUGUGCAUUGUAAAUACAUGUAUAUCCCUUGUAACAACAUUGUAAUUACAGAGUUGUAAUGUAACUAUAAGGGUUAUACCUAAUGUUCUCCUGGUUAUCCUAUUGUCUGCAAAGGUUGUUACAUUGUAACUACAUAGUUACUAUAAAGGUUAUACCCUACUGGGUUUCAUUUUACAUUCAGUUGCUUGCUCCUGGGUAGGUACAUGAUAACUACAAGUAUAUCCUAUGUAACUACAAUGUUCUUACAUUAUACUUAAUUCAGUAUAGCCUUUGAGCAGCUUUGAGCCAGGUCAUAACAUAGAAAUAAACUAAUUGAAAAUGACCGGUAGUUAAUUUGCCUUGUUUUAAUUGUUGUUAGCAGGUCCUAGCCUAUUUAUCAACCCUGGAAUUACAUGUUGAUUCAAUGGUAGUGGCACCUUGUAGUUACGUGUACCAAGAUCAGAUUUAGUUAUUAACAUGGUAAUUCACAGAUGACUUUCAAAUGUGUAAUUACAAAACAUUAGUUAUAUAGUGGAACAAGAUAAUGUGUAAUAAUAACAUCAGUAGUUACACAUGUAGAAUAACCUUCAUCAAGUGAAUGUGUAAUUUCACAUUCCUUGUUCCAAUUGUGUACUAACUGAUUCCGCAACAACCCUAUUACAAUGUAAUGACACUGUAAAACCUAUGUAACUAAUAUGUUGUUAACAGUUAUUACUGUGUUAGUUACAUAGUAAUAGGGGCAACUUAAUGUAAAGCGUUACCUAACCGAUUGACAGAAUUGUCAACAUGUUCAUGGAUGAUUAUCUUAUUGUAAGGAAACAGUGAUGUGAUAGUGAUGGUCUAACAUAGUGUUUGUCUACACAGCUCUCCACGAGGAGCCCUACAUCAUGUUCUCCACAGAGAAGAAGUCGAUGCUCUGCAUCAAGUGUUUCAGAGACAUGCAAGUGUGAGUGAAGCUCCUACUACAGCGACGCCACAGAUUCAGACAGUUAGUUAAGCUAAUUUAGGUUUCUGCUAAAUUCCACAGGGAGAGCCGGACACACUGCAUCGAUAUUGAGACAGCAUACAUGCAAGGCUGUGAGAUACUAGACCAGGCAGUGCUGGUGAGUGAAUUGUGACUUUUGUUCUCUAGAUACAUUGUGUGUUGUCCCAGCUAGAAAAACAAAGAGAGUCGCACACUCUAUGUAUAACCUCCCAGUAAUGUAUUGGGUAAACCACCAACGUUUCGGCGUCACUGUGCCUUCUUCAGGGUAAUGUCAUGAAUGCUUGAACAGUGUUAUGUAGACAAAAAAGUGCAAUUAGUGCAACCAAUGACAAUAGUGAGGGGUGUGUCAUAAUUAUUAGGUUGAUUAGAAUGAAUUGAGUGAAACUGUUAAAAAACAAUACUUUACAGCAUAUUGAAUAUAUUAGGCUAUUGUUAGCAUUAGCAUUAGCAUAAGAUUAACAUCAACAUACAUCAUCGUUUAAUUUAAUUUCACAUAUACAGUACCAGUCAAAGUUUUGGACACACCUACUCAUUCAAGGGUUUUUCUUUAUUUUUAUUAUAUUCUACAUUGUAGAAUAAUAGUGAAGACCUCAAAACUAUGAAAUAACACAUACGGAAUCAUAAAGUAACCAAAAAAGUGUUAAACAAAUCAAAAUAUAUUUUAGAUUUUAGAUUCUUCAAUGUAGCCACCCUUUGCCUUGAUGACAUCUUUGCACACUCUUGGCAUUCUCUCAACCAGCUUCAUGAGGAAUGCUUUUCAACAGUCUUGAAGGAGUUCCCACAUAUCCUAAGCACUUGUUGGCUGCUUUUCCUUCACUCUGCGGUCCAAUUCAUCCCAAACCAUCUCAAUUGGGUUGAGGUCAGGUGAUUGUGGAGGUCAGGUCAUCUGAUGCAGCAUUCCAUCACUCUCCUUGGUCAAAUAGCCCUUACACAGCCAAGAGGUGUGUUUUGGGUCAUUGUCCUGUUGAAAAACAAACGAUAGUCCCACUAAGCACAAACCAGAUGGGAUGGCGUAUCGCUGCAGAAUGCUGUGGUAGCCAUGCUGGUUAAGUGUGCCUUGAAUUCUAACUAAAUCACAGACAGUGUCACCAGCAAAGUACCCCCCACACCAUCACACCUCCUCCUCCUCCAUGCUUCAUGGUGGGAACCACACAUGCAGAGAUCCUCCAUUCACCUAUUCUGCGCCUCACAAAGACAUGGCGGUUGGAACCAAAAAUCUAAAAUUUGGACUCAUCAGACCAAAGGACAGAUUUCCACCGGUCUAAUGUCCAUUGCUCGUGUUUCUUGGGCAAGCAAGUCUCUUCUUCUUAUUGGUGUCCUUUAGUUGUGGUCUCUUUGCAGCAAUUCGACCAUGAAGGCCUGAUUCACGCAGUCUCCUCUGAACAGUUGAUGUUGAGAUGUGUCUGUUACUUGAACUCUGUGAAGCAUUUAUUUGGGCUGCAAUCUGAGGUGCAGUUAACUCUAAUGAACUUGCAGCAGAGGUAACUCUGGGUCUUCCUUUCCUGUGGCGGUCCUCAUGAGAGCCAGUUUCAUCAUAGCGCUUGAUGGUUUUUGAGACUGCACUUGAAGAAACUUUAAAAGUUCUAGAACUUUUCCGGAUUGACUGACCUUCAUGUCUUAAAGUAAUGAUGGACUGUCGUUUCUCUUUGCUUAUUUGAGCUGUUCAUGCCAUAAUAUGGACUUGGUCUUUUAUCAAAUAGGGCUAUCUUCUGUAUACCACCCCUACCUUGUCACAACAAAUCAAAUCAAAUGUUAUUUGCCACAUGCGCCGAAUACAACAGGUGUAGACCUUACAAUGAAAUGCUUACUUACAAGCCCUUAACCAACAAUGCUGUAUUAAGAGAAAUAAGUGUUUAGUAAAAAAAUUGAUAAAUAAAACAUAAAAAUAUAAAAUAAUUAAAGAGCAGCAGUAAAAUUGUCUCCCAACUCAUCCCAAACAGUGUCUGGACAGUUAGCUCACAGUGGCACAGCGCCAAGUUCCUGAAAUCUAUUGCCACUUGGGGUGUAAAUGUGAAUACCCCAUGGGGCAACAAAAAUCUCUACUCUGUUUAUUAUCUAUGCAUAGUCACUUUAACUCUACCCACAUGUACAUAUUACCUAAAUUACCUUGACUAACCGGUGUCCCCGCACAUUGACUCUGUACCGGUACCCCCUGUAUAGCCUCCCUACUGUUAUUUUAUUUUACAUUUUAGUCAUUUAGCAGACGCUCUUAUCCAGAGCGACUUACAGUUAGUGAGUGCAUACAUUAUUUUUUUUAUAACUUACACAGCCAAGAGGUGUGUUUUGGGUCAUUGUCCUGUUGAAAAACAAAUGAUAGUCCCACUAAGCACAAACCAGAUGGGAUGGCGUAUCGCUGCAGAAUGCUGUGGUAGCCAUGCUGGUUAAGUGUGGAGUGGGGAGAACAAGUAUUUGAUACACUGCCGAUUUUGCAGGUUUUCCUACUUACAAAGCAUGUAGAGGUCUGUAAUUUUUAUCAUAGGUACACUUCAACUGUGAGAGACGGAAUCUAAAACAAAAAUCAAGAAAAUCACAUUGUAUGAUUUUUAAGUAAUUAAUUUGCAUUUUAUUGCAUGACAUAAGUAUUUGAUACAUCAGAAAAGCAGAACUUAAUAUUUGGUACAGAAACCUCGUGAGUUGUAUAUAAUUUACAUUUUAAACAUUUGUCAUUUAGCAGACUCUAAUCCAGAGCAAUUUACAGUUAGUGCAUUUUACUUAAGGUAGUUACAGUGAGGGAAAAAAGUAUUUGAUCCCCUGCUGAUUUUGUACGUUUGCCCACUGACAAAGAUGAUCAGUCUAUAAUGUUAAUGGUAUUUUUAUUUGAACAGUGAGAGACAGAAUAACAACAAAAAAUCCAGAAAAACACAUGUCAAAAAUGUUAUAAAUUGAUUUUAAUGAGGGAAAUAAGUAUUUGACCCCUCUGCAAAACAUGACUUAGUACUUGGUGGCAAAACCCUUGUUGGCAAUCACAGAGAUCAGACGUUUCUUGUAGUUGGCCACCAGGUUUGCACACAUCUCAGGAGGGAUUUUGUCCCACUCCUCUUUGCAGAUCUUCUCCAAGUCAUUAAGGUUUCGAGGCUGACGUUUGGCAACUCGAACCUUCAGCUCCCUCCACAGAUUUUCUAUGGGAUUAAGGUCUGGAGACUGGCUAGGCCACUCCAGGACCUUAAUGUGCUUCUUCUUGAGCUACUCCUUUGUUGCCUUGGCCGUGUGUUUUGGGUCAUUGUCAUGCUGGAAUACCCAUCCAUGACCCAUUUUCAAUGCCCUGGCUGAAGGAAGGAGGUUCUCACCCAAGAUUUGACGGUACAUGGCCCCGUCCAUCGUCCCUUUGAUGCUGUGAAGUUGUCCUAUCCCCUUAGCAGAAAAACACCCCCAAAGCAUAAUGUUUCCACCUCCAUGUUUGACGGUGGGGAUGGUGUUCUUGGGGUCAUAGGCAGCAUUCCCCCUCCUCCAUACACGGUGAGUUGAGUUGAUGCCAAAGAGCUUGAUUUUGGUCUCAUCUGACCACAACACUUUCACCCAGUUCUCCUCUGAAUCAUUCAGAUGUUCAUUGGAAAACUUCAGACGGGCAUGUAUAUGUGCUUUGCUGCAAGAUUUCAGUCCUUCACGGCGUAGUGUGUUACCAAUUGUUUUCUUGGUGACUAUGGUCCCAGCUGCCUUGAGAUCAUUGACAAGAUCCUCCCGCGUAGUUCUGGGCUGAUUCCUCACCGUUCUCAUGAUCAUUGUAACUCCACGAGGUGAGAUCUUGCAUGGAGCCCCAGGCCGAGGGAGAUUGACAGUUCUUUUGUGUUUCUUCUAUUUGCGAAUAAUCGCACCAACUGUUGUCACCUUCUCACCAAGCUGCUUGGCGAUGGUCUUGUAGCCUAUUCCAGCCUUGUGUAGGUCUACAAUCUUGUCCCUGACAUCCUUGGUGAGCUCUUUGGUCUUGGCCAUGGUGGAGAGUUUGGAAUCUGAUUGAUUGAUUGCUUCUGUGGACAGGUGUCUUUUAUACAGGUAACAAGCUGAGAUUAGGAGCGCUCCCUUUAAGAGUGUGCUCCUAAUCUCAGCUCGUUACCUGUAUAAAAGACACCUGGGAGCCAGAAAUCUUUCUGAUUGAGAGGGGGUCAAAUACUUAUUUCCCUCAUUAAAAUGCAAAUCAAUUUAUAACAUUUUUGACAUGCGUUUUUCUGGAUUUUUUUGUUGUUAUUCUGUCUCUCACUGUUCAAAUAAACCUACCAUUAAAAUGAUAGACUGAUAAUUUCUUUGUCAGUGGGCAAACGUACAAAAUCAGCAGGGGAUCAAAUACUUUUUUCCCUCACUGUAUAACCUACAGUGGGGGAAAAAAGUAUUUAGUCAGCCACCAAUUGUGCAAGUUCCCCCACUUAAAAAGAUGAGAGAGGCCUGUAAUUUUCAUCAUAGGUACACGUCAACUAUGACAGACAAAUUGAGAAAAAAAAUAAUCCAGAAAAUCACAUUGUAGGAUUUUUUAUGAAUUUAUUUGCAAAUUAUGGUGGAAAAUAAGUAUUUGGUCAAUAACAAAAGUUUCUCAAUACUUUGUUAUAUACCCUUUGUUGGCAAUGACACAGGUCAAACGUUUUCUGUAAGUCUUCACAAGGUUUUCACACACUUGCUGGUAUUUUGGCCCAUUCCUCCAUGCAGAUCUCCUCUAGAGCAGUGAUGUUUUGGGGCUGUCGCUGGGCAACACAGACUUUCAACUCCCUCCAAAGAUUUUCUAUGGGGUUGAGAUCUGGAGACUGGCUAGGCCACUCCAGGACCUUGAAAUGCUUCUUACGAAGCCACUCCUUUGUUGCCCGGGCGGUGUGUUUGGGAUCAUUGUCAUGCUGAAAGACCCAGCCACGUUUCAUCUUCAAUGCCCUUGCUGAUGGAAGGAGGUUUUCACUCAAAAUCUUGCGAUACAUGGCCCCAUUCAUUCUUUCCUUUACACGGAUCAGUCGUCCUGGUCCCUUUGCAGAAAAACAGCCCCAAAGCAUGAUGCUUCUACCCCCAUGCUUCACAGUAGGUAUGGUGUUCUUUGGAUGCAACUCAGCAUUCUUUGUCCUCCAAACACGAUGAGCUGAGUUUUUACCAAAAAGUUAUAUUUUGGUUUCAUCUGACCAUAUGACAUUCUCCCAAUCCUCUUCUGGAUCAUCCAAAUGCACUCUAGCAAACUUCAGAUGGGCCUGGACAUGUACUGGCUUAAGCAGGGGGACACGUCUGGCACUGCAGGAUUUGAGUCCCUUGCGGCGUAGUGUGUUACUGAUGGUAGGCUUUGUUACUUUGGUCCCAGCUCUCUGCAGGUCAUUCACUAGGUCCCCCCGUGUGGUUCUGGGAUUUUUGCUCACCGUUCUUGUGAUCAUUUUGACCCCACAGGGUGAGAUCUUGUGUGGAGCCCCAGAUCGAGGGAGAUUAUCAGUGGUCUUGUAUGUCUUCCAUUUCCUAAUAAUUGCUCCCACAGUUGAUUUCUUCAAACCAAGCUGCUUACCUAUUGCAGAUUCAGUUUUCCCAGCCUGGUGCAGGUCUACAAUUUUGUUUCUGGUGUACUUUGACAGCUCUUUGGUCUUGGCCAUAGUGGAGUUUGGAGUGUGACUGAUUGAAGUUGUGGACAGGUGUCCUUUUAUUCUGAUAACAUGUUCAAACAGGUGCCAUUAAUACAGGUAACGAGUGGAGGACAGAGGAGCCUCUUAAAGAAGAAGUUACAGGUCUGUGAGAGCCAGAAAUCUUGCUUGUUUGUAGGUGACCAAAUACUUAUUUUCCACCAUAAUUUGCAAAUAAAUUCAUUACAAAUCCUACAAUGUGAUUUUCUGGAUAAUUUUUUUUCUCAAUUUGUCUGUCAUAGUUGACGUGUACCUAUGAUGAAAAUUACAGGCCUCUCAUAUUUUUAAGUGGGAGAACUUGCACAAUUGGUGGCUGACUAAAUACUUUUUCCACCCACUGUAUAUACUUAUUAUGGACACAGCAUGUCUUACACUAGUUAUCUUUUUGUUAUUAGUUGUUGUUAUUAGUCCCAUCCUUCAGGUCCAUUCAACACCUCCCAUCUAUCUCUUAACACCAUCCAUAUUGGAUUUCAAUUUGCCAUAUAUUUUUCAACUGUACUGUGAUGUUUUACAAAAGUUCUGAACCUUUCUAUUCUCAUUGUUUCUACAGUUUGUGAAUUGAAAAUAAACAUCUUUGCUAAAAGUAUUAUUAUAUUAUUGAUCGAUUGACUAUGACUUUUCAGAUCACCCAGUAGUGCUACUACAUGGUAAUGUAAAUUUUUUAUUUUUUAGUGAUCCAAUACGUAAUUUUGUUGUAAUCCAGAGAGGUUAGAAAAUGUAUCUAGAUCCUCUAUGAGGCUGUAGAGGGAUUCAAGUUGUGGAUUUAAAAGAAAACAUGAAUCAUCAGCGUACAAUGACACCUUUGUUUUUAAGCUUGAUAUUAUUGUUGGAUCAGAUUUUAAUAGCUAACAUCUCGAUGGCAAUAAUACAUAGAUAUGCCGAUAGUGGACAACCUUGUUUCACUCCUCUUACAUUUAAUUUAUCAUUUCAGACCUCUUAUCCAGAGCGAUUCAGUUGACAUCAUUUUUAACGCCCCCAUGGGAUGAAACCACAAUGGCGUUGAGCAGCCUACAUGAGUAGCCAUUAUGGACGACGCUAGCCAAUUGUGCGCACAUGGUCUCGUCGCGGCCGGCUACGACAGAGCUGGAUUCGACCAGGAUCCUAGUGCACAGCUACACUGCGAUGCAGUGCCUAGCCACGCGCCACUCUUACAGUUAAACAUUCUAGAAAUAGCCAUUAUUACUAUUUACCCAGGGUUAUUUGAUUUAACCAAAUUUAUAAGAGAUUGUCCAAAAUUGAAAUGCUCCAGGCAUUUAUAUAUAAACCUCAGUCGUCCUGUAUCAAAUGCCUUUUCGAAGUCUGCAAUGAAUAGUAGGCCUGGUUUCCCAGAUUUUCCAUAGUGUUCUAUUGUUUCCAGUACUUGCCUUAUAUUAUCUCCUAUGUAUCGCCCAUGUAAAAAAACUGUCUGAUUAGAAUGAAUAAUGUCCGACAAUACCUUUUUAACAUGCAACAUUUUAACUACUACAGUAUGUCAGGAAUCGUAUGGCUUCGUUCCCAGAACCAAUGUGAAACCAAAAACAUACCUUCCGACAACUUCCAAGGACCCACUGAAAAUCCCAGUAUUCCUCUGUAGCGGAGAAAUUGAGCCAUUUUUUACAUUCAGCAUCACUCUGUCAAGGGAAUCAUAGUAUUCUUUCUAACAAAGAUACACUACAUGAUCAAAAGUAUGUGAACACCUGCUCGUCGAAAUUCUCAUUCUAAAAUCAUGUACAUUAAUAUGGAGUUGGUCCCCCCUUUGCUGCUAUAACAGACUCCACUCUUCUGGGAAGGCUUUCCACUAGAUGUUGGAACAUUGCUGCGGGGACUUGCUUCCAUUCAGCCACAAGAGCAUUAGUGAGGUCGGACACUGAUGUUGGGCGAUUAGGCCUGGCUCGCAGUCAGCGUUCUAUUCAUCCCAAAGGUGUUUGAUGGGGUUGAGGUCAGGGCUCUCUGCAGGCCAGUCAAGUUCUUCCACAUCAAUUUUGACAAAACAUUUCUGUAAGGACCUCGCUUUGUGCACAGGGGCAUUGUUAUGCUGAAACAGGAAAGGGCCUUCCCCAAACUGUUGCCACAAAGUUGGAAGCACAGAAUCGUCUAGAAUGUCAUUGUAUGCUGUAGCGUUAAGAUUUCCCUUCACUUGAACUAAGGGGCCUAGCCCGAACCAUGAAAAACAGCCCCAGACCAUUAUUCUUCCUCCACCAAACUUGACAGUUGGCACUAUGCAUUGGGACAGGUAGCGUUCUCCUGGCAUCCGCCAAACUCAGAUUCGUCCGUCGGACUGCCAGAUGGUGAAGCGUGUUUCAUCACUCCAGAGAAUGCGUUUCCACUGCUCCAGAGUCCAAUGGUGGCAAGCUUUACACCACUCCAGCUGACACUUGGCAUUGCACAUGGUGAUCUUAGGCUUGUGUGCGGCUGCUCGGCCAUGGAAACCCAUUUCAUGAUGCUCCCGACGAACAGUUCUUGUGCUGACAUUGCUUCCAGAGGCAGUUUGGAACUCGGUAGUGAGUGUUGCAACCGAGGACAGACGGUUUUUACGCGCUUCAGCACUCGGCAGUCCCGUUCUGUGAGCUAGUGUGGCCUACCACUUCGCGUUUGAACCGUUCUAGCAUAGACUGACUUGUUGGAAAGGUGGCAUCCUAUGACGGUGCCACGUUGAAAGUCACUGAGCUCUUCAGUAAGGCCAUUCUACUGCCAAUGUUUGUCUAUGGAGAUUGCAUGGCUGUGUGCUCGACUUUAUACACCUGUCAGCAACGGGUGUGGCUGAAAUAGCCGAAUCCACUAAUUUGAAGGGGUGACCACAUACUUUUGUGUAUAUAUAGUGUAUCUACAUAUAUUUCAGGAUGAUGUGUAUGCCUGGAAAUAAUCAGAAUUAAUGUAAACAUUACAGUUUUUAAAACAUAGCUUGUCCAAAAGUGGUCUCUAGACACAACUUACCCCGGGUAUGAGGUAAGUUGCGCUGCGGGACAGGGUAAGUUAUGCUGCGUUCACGUGCUAGUAGGAACUAGGAAACUCAGAAAUGUCCGACUUGCUAACUGGUUGAACGCGGCACAGGUAUAACUACAAUCAGUUAGCAAGUCAGAAAUGUCAGUUUCCUUGUUCCAACUAGCACAUGAACGCGGCAAUAAGCCCCCUACAAAUUGCUGUACUGAAUGAAAUAUUACCACUACCUUUUUCAAACCCAUUCAAACACAAUUCAACACAAUCACAAUUGCUUUUUGUAUUUGAAUAAUUUUAAGCAUAUUUUAACACAGGCUUAACACCUAACAAACCCUUUGUACUUUUUUUUGUUGUUACACUUUUAACCUGUUGUUACCUCAUAUCCCAACGAAAAUGCCUUGCAUUACGCCUGGGAAGAAAACGCUUCAAUUAGCUCAACUUGCCAUUGGCUCAACUUAUGCCAAGGCAAACAUUUUUACUAUAUUAGCCCACACAGCUACAAGGAUGCAAUUUUAUGCUAGGUUUAGGACCUCAUAUUGAAGCUUAUAGAGAACCCAAGUCCCCAACUGAUGUAUACAACAAUCUUUAAAUGAUCUACUUUGGUUUAGAUGCAAGCAUCAUAAAACCUCUAACACAAAUUCAUUUGACAUGGUGAAAAUCUGUUUGCUUACCACUUUUUCCAUGUGGUUUCUUCCUUUACAGACUCCAUGAAAUGAUGACCUCUUCCUAAAUAUUUUGUCAAAUGAUUAAUUUUGUGUACGGUUACCUAUAAACAAGGGUGGCUCAACUUACCUCUUUGGCUCAACUUACCCCACUCUCCCCUAUAGUCCUCACAACUCCAUGGCCUAGCAUGAAUCUCCCUCAGCAACGUUGUUUCCAUGCUGUAUUGUACUUGACAUAAUAUAGUAUGCUUAUGUUGUUGAUUUUGAAAAGAUAACGGGUGGGUCUUGAGUUUGAGAUAAAGCAUAUGAUAAUGUGUAUUUGAUUUAGCCACAGGUGAGUGAGAAAAUAUACCAUGACCAUGUGUGAGCCUUGCUUCCGCUGUAGGCAGUGAAGGAGCUGCAGACAUCGGCCCGUGAGGCUAUUAUCAUGCUGAGGGCCAUGAUAGGGGAGGUGUGCUCCAAUAUGGAGGAAGAGGAGAAUGCAAUCUGCAACCUCUUCAACAGUAUGCAGGUAAGAUAUCAUUAAAUGACUAUUUUCAGGUCACCUGAAAAAAAAAAAAAGAUUAUGUUGAUUAUGUUGUUAUUGAGAUAUGAAUGUAUUAAAUAAACAUUGUAAAGUUUAACUAUCUAAGUGCAACACAAUAAAUAUGAUUCCAAAUUUGAAUAUGUGAUAUCCCUUUACAUGGAAUAUAUAACUUUGAAGAUGCUAUGAUGGUGCCUCACCACUGGGUGUCUCUCUUGCUCUUUUUGUGACAAGACUACAAGGGUCUUCUGCACUCAACAAAAACUCCAUGAAUGGAGUUAAACCAAACCCAUACUGGUACAAUUACAAGUCAAUAUGUACCACAAAAGUACAUUUUAGAGGAAACUCAUCAGAAGUUAAAUCCCUAAACAGUUAUUUUCUAAAAUGGAGGGUGGCAAACAAGGCCAACAGUCUUUUCACAGUAGACCUACUACUAGCAGAGGUUUUCAUAGCCUACAGCCAUUUUCAUAUCAAUUUUCCUUGUGGUUAACUGUUUCUCUGCUCUCAUCUGACAGGAAAGACUGGCUGAGAGGAAGAACAUUCUGUUGCGAGCGGCUCAAAGGUACUGCAUUACUCUGCUAUGAAACUGUUGCUUUGAUGCCAGAAAAACAAUGCAUAGGUAAUCUGAUAGGCAUGGAUUGAAUUUAGCAAUUUCCCCUAGGUCUCAAUGUGCUUUACAUUGAACAGUUGUACAGGGUUAGCAAAUCUCAUUUACCAAUACGAAUGUAUUGCAGCCAUUAUAUGUCACACCCUGGUGUAGGCUAGUUUCCAUUUGGCCCCAUGAGAUAGACUUCACAGUAAACAAUUAAAACAAUAAUGACUAGGCAAACAGCGUGAGGACUGCUUCAUUACAACUACUCGUUGUUCCUUGUAGUUCAUGGUUACAUUUAAUCAAUGAAAAUGUGGAGAUAACCUCUGAGGUAUUGAUAUUUACUCUCUGGUAGCAGUCCAUCACAACUAGUGGAGCAGGAAGCUAGAUCCUGGGGGCUACUGGACUGCAACAUUACUGCCCUGAAGUGUGUGUGGGAGGGAGUGUAUCAGGUUGCAUUGUGUAGAGAUCUUUAUUGAGAUUUUUGUGCCCUGCAUCCUCAAUCUUUCUCGGCUCGCUGCCUGGAAGCGGACCAGUGACUGUCUGGAUUCCCGGAAGGGAGUUAAAGGCUAUUUAUGGCAGGCUGUGUGUUUCCGUCUCAGUGUCUGUCGGUGUGUAUGUGUUUGUUACGGAGAGCAGAACAUAGAUAAGGACCUGGAUAUAUGAAGUAUGGGUUUCUGUGGUGUUGUGUGGGUAUUGCUUAACCCUCUUCAUGGAGGGGAUAGAUGUGUAGUGGAAAUGUUGUGUGUGUGCUUGUAGCCAACAUGAAGAAAAGGAGAAGGUGCUAAAGGAGCAGCUCUCACACCUUGCUGCCCUCCUGCCAACCCUGCAGGUUAGAUCAUGAUAUCUCUAUAUCUCCAGGCCUGUAAUUAACAGUGUAGGCCUAUAACUAAUUGCUCAACUCAUAUGGAGCUAAAUUAUACCCAUAAAUACAUUUGACAGUGGUAUAGAUUGUUCAUUAUUACCUGAAUAGUUAAUUAUUCCCUCAAGUGUGGUUGACCUCUGACCCUCUCUGAUGCCCUCUCCAAGGUUCACCUGGUCACCUGCUCAGCCUUUCUCAGCUCAGCCAACAAGUUUGAGUUUCUGGACAUGGGAUAUGUGAGUACUGGCACUUUAUAUUCUGAAGAGAAUCAAAGAUAAAAUGGGUAAAUUAACCAGAGGUUUGCAUCAAACAUGGUGUGUCUCUCUCCUCCACAGCAACUCAUGGAAAGGCUGAGGAGGAUUGUGAAGCUUCCUCAUCGACUGGGACCAGUGCAAAGCAGCAAAGUGAGUGUGGCUUGUCUACUCUGAUCUUACAAAACAAUGUGACUUCACUCCGCACUGCCCUUACAAAAAAAUAUUGCAAUUUUGAAACUGCAGUAAAAGUGCAGUAACUGCGCAGUAAAUGCAGUCGACUGUGGUAUUUUGGACGCAGUUGAACUGCAGUUAUACUGCACUGUAAUUGCAGUCAUACUGCACACUGACUGCAAUAUUAUUUUGUAAGGGUGUCAUGUAGAAUUAGCAUUGAAUACUAUACCUACAGUAAAUGUGUUGUCUCUUCCUUCAAAGAAAGGUGCUAGCCAAACUCUGCCCCAGAUGAUCUCUCUCUCCUCUCAGAUUAACACAGACUACAGGAGUGAGUUUGCUCGCUGUCUCGAGCCUCUACUGCUGCUGGGACAGCGCCGCCCAGCCUCCAUUACCGGAGCAACUAGUAUUGCAGCCCUGUGAGUCUGCUUGGCCUUUAACUCUUGUGCAAAAUGUAAGCUUGAAAACUUUGAAAUCUUCCCUAAUCUCUGUCUUUCAGUGUCCAAUUGGAGCUUUUUUAUGAGACCAAAACUCUGGACCCAAACAUUCACACAUAUCAAAUAUGAGAUUAUAUAAAAAUCUCCUGAGAUUAAAAGAUGAGUUAAAAUAUAAACAAUUCUUGGAAGCACAGCUGGCAGAUGGCGAUAACCACAGAGAGAGGGAAGGAGACGCCAUUGUGAGCCCCACUAUGUCAGUUAUCCUGUCUGCCUGUAAACUCUGGCCACAGACAUGCUUAGGCUACGUAAUUCACCUUUUUGGUGGCGGUCUUCCUGUUAUAGCAGGCGCUAGUCCCGUCCUGUCCGUGCCAGAAAUACGGGUGAUAACAGUGGGCUGGGCCAGCGCAAAACCAGGGUUCCAGGAAAUAGCUUUUUUUCCAGCAAGGCUCUGUGUCUGUCUGGAUAUCACAACACACUCUGGAUCCCAAUCAGACCUUGACACACAUAACAGUAUGACUCUCAAUACACACACAUACUGGGGUGUGAAUGUAUUUGGCUGAAGUAUAAGAUCCAGUGAGGACGACUGGACCCAAAUUCAGCACUGGGCUUGCACUGAGCUUAGCUGUAGAGUUUUAACAGAAUCAAAAUGUCUCCUUCCAGAGCCUUGAUUCCUAGUUGGUGUAAGCUAUAGUUGUAGGUUUUUGACACAGACAUAGAGGGUAAUUUGUUUUCAGAAUGGAGCCAUUUGUUCUCACAAACUCGUUCAGAUGCAGACUCUGUCCCUGUCUAUGUGGACACAAGUGACGCAUGUUCCCUGACCAAUUUUCCACAUCAAUCACUCCCAACUGUUCACAGGUCUGUAACUCCCCCUUUUCCCAAACCCCCAACAUACUGACAGUCCUCCCUCCCAACCAGUGCCCCUCCAUGUAGGAUACUGAGUGGGUGGGGAUGGCACUGAGCAGGCUGGCACUAUUUUUAUCAGAAUUUCACAGAACUCUCCAGGAUUCAUCUGGUAGCUAGGCACACAGGAGUGGCAGGGCCAAUUUGUUCCAUGCCACUGAUGUCACUGCUUUUGCCAAUGUCUUAAAUUGGUAUCAGUGGUGGGGGCAGCAAGUGGAUGCUCAGAGGACUAAAUGCGUAUGGCAGGGUGAGAAAGAGACGCUCACAGCAAACAAUCAGAGACUCACUCUAGGAAUAGUUCUACUGCUGUAUCAGGGCAUGUGCCAGGCAAUAAAUCAGGACUAAAAGCAUCCCAGAGCCCAGGUAAGCUGCAUGUCUUCUCCAGUUGUGUGCUGAUAAACUUUUUCCGUAAUUAUAGAAUAUAUGUCUUUACCUACUGGCUAAUGAUAUUUCCAUCUGUUAUAUAUUCCAGAGUUUAUUCCAUGUUUCAUUGGCAACAUAAAUAGUCCUCCCUCAUUAAUGGUGUACAAUGGUAAACUAUGGUAAACAUUUAGUUAAGAUGAUAAUAUUAAGUGUUAGAAAAGUCUGUUAAAGUGGUCAACAGUAUUAAGGGAAUAGCUAUCUAUUACUCUAGUGGUGGUGGUAAGGAGUGAGGGAAAGCCAGGUCAGGGCCCACUGUCUGUCUGUCCUGGUUGUCUCUUUGUCUUAAAGCUCGCUGGAGACGGGGAGAAUUAUCUGUUUUCAGUUCAGCCAGGCCUCAAAAGUGACUCAAGUACAGUCUACAAUAUUUAUAAUUUCCAAUUGUUGCAAAUACAGUAUAUGAAGCAAUGGUUCUAUUGUUCUAGAUUUUAUAGCAAAGUUAUUUUCUGAACUGGAAGCAAAUGUUUUACAUUGUUAGUUGUAAACAUGGUCUUCAGAAUGCCAUUAUCUGAAUAGCCUGUGUUGAGUUAUGGUUUUGAGGUGCACGCUUCAACUAUGAAUCACUCUCUCUGGAACAUUAGCAGUGAGGAGAACUGAAUAUACUAUUGAACAUAAGGGACAGUAGAUUUAUAUCAAAUGGGAUAGAUAGGCUGUAAAAGGUACUCUCUGAUCCAUUCUUUAUGUAAGUAUAUAAUUAGAGCCUUCAAUAGAUACACACCUUUACCUCACCUGAGGUUUUGGUGCAUAACCCAGAGGAGGAUGGCUCUUGAUCCUUCAACACAAUUGAGGCAAAGAAAAUAACUGUUACUCAGGAUGAGGCUGCCCGAUGGAUGAUACCCUGUGGUUCUAUCUCCCCUCCCUCAGGCUCCAUUCCCCCCUCUCCAUGUCGUGCCGCUCCCCAUCCCUCAGUGACAUGCCCCUGGGCUCGGCCGCGGGGAGAAAGCCCACCUCCCACCGCUACAUCUGCACCAAGGUCCUCCUGGCAGAGGGGGGUGACACACCCUUCACUGAGCACUGCCGAAACUAUGAGAACAGUUACAGGGUGAGUGACAUGACCACAAUGACAACAACUAUGGGUAGAGUGACUUGGCCACUUCACUUGUGAUAGGGUGUCUGUGACAGUGUUGGCGCAUGCGUGCGUACAUUCAUGUGUGUGUGCGUUUGACCCAGACCCUCCAGACUGAGAUCCAGAACCUGAAGGACCAGGUACAGGAGCUACACAGGGACCUGACCAAGCACCACUCCCUCAUCAACACAGACACCAUGGGGGAGAUCCUGGACCGCUCCCUGCACAUCGACGGACAGAUCACCUCCCAGUACUCCUCUGUGGAGACCAUGAGGGCUCUGUUUGAAGAGGUACGUCCACAGGCCCCAUAUCUAACAGCAGCAACAUGUUUAGGAGGUCAAGGUGUGAUUAUACAGCAGCUUAUAUAUCCUUUAAUAUAGCCUAUGUGCACAUUAAUGACUUGGCCUUAUUAAUGAUUUGGCAUUAUUAAAGGAAGUAAACAUUAUUUCCCUUUAGAUUUGGGAGGAGACCUUUCAGAGGGUCACUAAUGAGCAGGAGAUCUAUGAAGGUAAGGUUUACCCGUAAACUAAACAUCGAUCUGUUGUAUGGAUGUAAAUGUGGACUUGGUAACAUGCAUCAUGAUCUAAUCCCAUGUUUGGAUGUGAUGCAUGUGCUUUGUUCUGUACUUUGACAUGGUAUUUGUGUUCAACCACAUUCUAGCACAGCUCCAUGACCUGCAGCAGCUGAAGCAGGAGAACUCGUACCUGACCACCAUCGCCCGACAGAUUGGACCAUACAUCAUGUCUAUCGCCAAGGUUAAGGAGCGCCUAGAACCCAGGUAAUAACAAGAUACGGUUCAAAUCCCUUACAAACUACAACUCCAUCGAUACAAAAUACAGAAAUCCAAUGUCAAAUAUAUAAUUAAGUAAAAUAUACUGGUCAAUCCAGAUUUCAGGAGCUCAAAGAGCUUCAUGAUGACCGCACAGAAACCAUGCUGAAAAUCUAUGAGGACACCUCUAUGGCCAUGGACACACAACACAGGUACCUCCCCACACAUCUCAGUAGCAAGUCACCACAUCGGUAGCACAUCACAGAUUAACUAAUGAUCGGAAACUGGGACAAAUUCAAUUUUAUAAUCAUGCAGGUGUUGUAUACACUAUGCGAGCUGUGAACCCUCUCUAUGUUUUUCCUUGGCAGUGAAGACCACACCUGUCUCACUAACAGUGACUGGGAAAGGAACACGGACAACCGUUCCCUCAUCAUACAGUCUGAUGAGGCUUCCAUCAAGACCAACGACUACCAUUGGCCAGGAAGGCAGACAGCCAAUCACAAUGAGAUGCCAUUAUAAACCAGCAUGUUCCACUGCCCCCUCCCCCCCCGUUUCCUUUGUGGCCCCCAGCUCAACACAACAGGACAGGGACAGCAUGUGACCUUCUCCUCUGUUCAGAUAGCCGCUCCUGACAUUUCAUGGUGACAUUUCUUGGCAGGGAGGUGUUGUCAUCAGCUCAGAGGUGAGUCCUUAGACAAACAUGUCUCAGAGGACUCCACUGACACUCACUGGACUCAAUGACUCACUAAUUGGAGUCAAUGGACUCACUGAGAGGGGGGUGAAUCUCCUCCAAUCCCACUCGACAAUGUGAAAAGAUCAAUCUGAUGGACCAGUAGACCAUCACCUCAUUAUGGACUGAAUGGAUGGAGGAUCUGGAGCUUUAUGCUGAGGAAGUGACUGUGACUACCAUGUCUCAAUCAACGAUGCAUGGUUUAGACCUGCAAUAACAUAUAGAGGGAGAGUGCUUCCUCAGUCGAUAUUUUUUUUAAUGGUCAUACAGUGGGGAAAAAAGUAUUUAGUCAGCCACCAAUUGUGCAAGUUCUCCCACUUAAAAAGAUGAGAGAGGCCUGUAAUUUUCAUCAUAGGUACAUGUCAACUAUGAC